AUCCUUUUCUUCUUCAGCUCAUUUGCUUCUCGCGAGGCCCAAACUCUCCUUCUCGCACUCCUACCGCCAGCUUCGCUCUCGCACCGCGGCUCUUCUUCUGUAGCGUAUGCGGAGGAGUGGUGGAGAGGAGGAGGAGGAGGAGACUGCGUGAGCGUGAGCGAGCUUGCCAAGGCAAUUAGCAAUGGCUUCCUUCACCAUGAUGCACUCGUCCGCGCUGCUGCGCAAUAGCACCGCGGACACGCCUGCAGCUCCCCUGGCUGCUGCCGCUGAGAAGAGCUCCUGUGGAGUGGCAAUGCGCCAGAGGCGAGGCGUUCAUUUUGGAGAGUCCUCUGAGGAGUCGUUUUUCGGGCAGAGUGUAAGUGUAGGCAAGCCUGCCGCUGUUGCAGGAUGCAGGACCGUGAAACGGAGUGCUGUGAAGGCUGCCGCGACUUUCGACACCAAGACCAAAGUAGCCGUGGUGCGCAUUGGCACUCGUGGAAGUCCUUUGGCACUGGCACAGGCUUAUCAAACUCGGGACAAGCUCAAGGCAGCUCAUCCAGAAUUGGCGGAGGAAGGAGCCCUUGACAUCGUCAUCAUCAAAACCACUGGAGACAAGAUAUUGAGUCAACCGUUGGCAGAUAUCGGAGGCAAGGGUUUGUUCACCAAGGAGAUUGAUGAUGCUUUGUUGAAUGGCGAUAUCGACAUUGCUGUCCACUCCAUGAAAGACGUUCCCACCUAUUUGCCAGAGGGUACAAUACUCCCCUGCAACCUUCCUCGCGAGGAUGUCCGUGACGCCUUUAUUUGUCCAAAAUACUCUUCACUCGCUGAACUGCCAGAAGGGAGUGUGGUUGGAAGUGCAUCUCUGCGGAGGCAAUCCCAACUUCUUCACAGAUACCCUCAUCUUCAGGUAGUAAACUUCAGAGGAAAUGUCCAGACCCGGCUUCGUAAGUUGAAUGAAGGAGUGUGCGCAGCCACUCUCUUGGCCCUGGCUGGCCUGAAGCGAUUGGACAUGACAGAACACAUUACAGCUAUCCUUGAGACCGACGACAUGCUCCCUGCUAUUGCCCAAGGAGCUAUUGGUAUUGCUUGUCGAACUGGUGAUACUAAAAUGGAGGAGUAUCUCGCUUCACUGAAUCAUGAGGACACGAGGCUCGCAAUUUCCUGCGAGAGGGCAUUUUUAGCUAAGCUGGACGGCUCAUGUCGCACACCAAUUGCUGGUUUGGCACAACGUACUGAGGAUGGGUGCCUGUUCCGGGGCCUGGUUGCAACAACUGACGGCAAACAAGUGUUGGAGACUUCAAGGACGGGCUCAUUUUCCUACGAUGACAUGAUCGCUUUGGCGCAAGAUGCCGGACAAGAGCUCAUCUCAAGAGCUGGCCCAGGUUUUUUUCAGUGGUAGUCCUUCAGAAUGUGCCAACCCAACUUGGACUGGUGUGAACCAUUGUAAGAACGCGCACAAACGUUGGACUGGAAGGUAUGGACAGAUGGUGUAGUCAUAGAAGAGCAGGUUCCCAAGGAAAUCGGUGGCCUCAGUUCUCCGCGGCUUGUAGGGAUCGUUUUAGGUUCAUGGAGGCAAGGCCCAGUUUGUGACGGUCAGAGAAAUUCAAGUGGGGCUGAAGUUUUUUCGUAGUUUUUAGGGACAAACUGCUGGCUGUUAUACUCAAAGGAGGAAAUGAGUUUCUGUAGUAAUCUAUCUGUAUCCGCCACUCUUGCACCAAUAGCAAAGGACAUUAUCCGCGUGUCAUAUCAUGAAGAAGUUCAUGUUGAUAAAGCUUGAUCGUGGCUCUGGCGUGAAAUUUCACAUGUUCUUUCAA